AUGAAAAGAGGGAAAUUUGAAAGAAGGAAAGAUGGGCAGGUCACUAGCUACGCGGUCAGAGUAAGGUUCAAUGGUUAUCUGACCUUAGUGCUUUUAACGGAAGUUCAAGGGGAAUGUUCGCGAGAGAUGUCUGCCCCUUUGCUACUUGUUGCGACUCUAAUGCGUAUUUGGUUUUUUUGGCUAUCGCAUGCCUCACUUGGACAGGGAGUGGACUAA